AUGGGGGCUCCCGAGUGGGACGUGGGGGAUGGUGCUCCUGGAGGAGGGGUCUGCUGCCGCGGGGGGCGGGCGCGGCCGGGGGCCGGGGGGCUGCGGAGCGGGGCCGUGCCGGGGGGCGGCGCCUUGGCCGGCCCGGGGGGACGGUGCAUGGAGGAGGGGUGGGUGCCGCUGCCGGGCUCUGUGUGUGCGUGUGCGUGUGUGUGCGGGCGCGGUGGCGGCUGUGGCGGCGGCGGCGCUGGGUCAUGUUUGUGUUUGAGGUUGUCAAGUGAAGGAGGCUCCCGGCCCCCCCGCUCCCCCCGCUCUUUCUCCCUCCCUCCCUCUCUCUCCCUCCCGCCGCCGCCGCUGCCGCCGCGCAGGGGUCGCCGCGCUCCCCGCCGCUGCCGCCGCCAUCAGCCGCCGCGCCGGCCCCUCCGCCAGGUUUGCAGCGGGCCCCGCGGGGGGCGGGAGGGGGCUCGGGAGGCGCUGCGGGGACGAGGGUGCGGGGCGGGACGGCCGCCCCCCGCCGCCCCCCUCGGCGUGGAGCUGCGGCAGCCACAACACAAUGUGUCCUCUACCGGCGGCGGGGGGGGACGGGCGGGCGGGGACGGGGAGGACCGCAGGCCCCGAUUCCCCCCUCAGCCCACCGCGCUCCGCCGCGGCCCCUCUGGGACGCGCGGGGACUCCGCGCUCCGGCUGCGCCCGCGCUGCCCCCGGGGGUGCCGGUGCGCCCCGGCUCCCGGUGGGCUUGUCCGGGCGUCCCCCCCUCCGCCCCGGGUCUGCAGCCGGGGUUUCGGGAGCACUGGGAGGCGCGGAGCCCCGGCCCGGCUCCUGUCGGCCCCGCCGCCGUCCCCGCUGGGUGCCGGGCCGCGGCCGCCCCCCGUCCCUCUGUCCCCCUUCCCCCCCACCCCCCCGCGGCAUGUGUGCAGCGCUUUGUUCGUCCCGCUCGCACAUACCGUCGGCUCCCCGGGCCCCGCGGUGGGCUGCCUCCCGCCCCGCUCCCCCAUUUUUGGGUGGGUUGUGCAGCCGCCCUGGGAGCUGCAGGUUCAGCUCCGGGUGGCGGGAGCCCCGGGCAAGAGGCCGGGAAGUGGUGCCGACGCUUUGCACAACAAAGGGCACCAGGAUCUGUGGCCCUGCCAGGGGACGGAGACACAGCGGGAGCGUGGGACUCAGCUGGAAGACCCCCGACUCUGGCACGCAUAA